AUGUGCGUGUCGUGGAAUGUCGUGGCAGUGGCGAGCGACGAUCCUCUGGCGAAGGAGCUUCAGGACGUGGCUGACGUGAGCAAGAAGCUGCCAGGAGUGCUGGAGGAGAUUCGCGAGUGGCUGCGACUGUGCGAGUGUAAAGAAUCAGGCGACGAGGGGCGCGUGUUCGGGUUCAACGACCGCGCCUUGGGGCGCAAGCACGUGGACGCGUGUAUCGCGGACAGCCAUGCCGCGUGGCAGCGCCUCCAGUCGUCCCUGCAGAAACCCGAGCCGUGGCUGCCGCGCGCGCAGCCGCCCAAGGUGACGACCAUCGAGGCGUUCUGGGCGCCGUACACGAGCAAGUAUAGCGAGGGCGCUUGUAACGCGGACGACGGGUCCCCCGCGGCGAUCCCGCAGUCGAACCCGAACGCGGGUUCGGUCGGCGCGGCGAGCCUGUCGCCGCUUUCCGCGGCGGCGGAUUCCCCGUGGGAGACCAUGCCGGCGGCCGCGGCGCGGUCGAUGCUGGCGCAGCUGCGGUCGCGGAAGCACCUUGCGCGACCCGCGUUCUUCGCGAUGCGCGAGCGCCUGGAGAUGGGUGACGUGGGGAAGUUGGCGGGCAAGGGCGCGGGGAAAGCGAGCAAGAGCGGCGGAAGGAGCAAGGGGAAGAGCGCAAUUGGGGGAAGCGGCAGGCGGGAUGCGAGCGGGGAGAGCGGAGGCGGAUCGUUCGGGCUGUUCAAAAAGGGGCAUGGGCAUGGUCUUGUGCAGAGUCCGAGCGGGAAGGGGCUGGGAGGUGUGGCCGCGUCCGCUCCCCCCAAACCAACAACCCCCCCGCCCGUGAAGGCGGAGCCAGGCGCGCCCGCCGCAGCAGCGGUCGCGCCGGGGGUUGGCGCUUCCCCUGCUGCUCCCGCUGCUUCCCCCGCGGCUGCCGCUGCUGCUGCGCCAGCAGUGGGGACUGGCGGAACCGAGGAGGGGGAGAGGCGCAGGAGCGGCAACGGCGGAGUGACGGGAGGCGGAGCGGAGGGGAUUGGCGCGGAAGCAGAGAGCCGCGCUUCCGCGGAGAAGGUAGAAGGCGGAAGCGGGGAUGACGGGGAGCGGACGCCGCAGAAGGGGGAAGGUGAUGGCGAAAAGGCGGGCGGAGGGGAGGCGGAGAGGGGGAGGGGGAACAUGGAGGGGCCGCGGAAGUCGGAAGAUGGGGAGACGGGGCGGGAGGGGACAAGUGACGAGAGGGGGGGAAGGCAGGAGAGAAGUGGGGAGGAUGAGAGGAAUGGGGAAGAUGGGGAGCGGAAUGAGAGGGGAGUUGGGAGGAGAGGAGGCAGGGAGGGAAGAGAGGGGAGGGAAGGGAGGGAUGGGAGGGGCGCGGGUCGAGACGAGGAGGGACGGCGGGAGCGUGGCACGAGCCAGGAUAGGCGGAUGGGGGACGGGUAUGGGGACGGGGAUGCGGAGGGUGAGGGCAGGGGAAGAGCGCGGGACGCGCAGGACAGGCGGGAUUGGCGCGACGGGCGGGACGGGCGGGACGGGCGGGAUGGGCGGGACGUGGGGGAGAAAUGGAGUGGGCGGGAAGAGGGAGGGAGGCGGUCGGAGAGGGGGCGAGAGCGUGAGAGGGAGAGGGAGAGGGAGGAGGAUAGAGAGAGGGAGAGGGAGAGGGGGAGGGGGAGUGACAAGGAGCGAGCGAGAGAAGGUGGGUACAGGGCAGAUCGGGGGAGGCAGGAACGUGAGGAGAGGCAACAGGACGAUGGAUACAUCGCCGAGGAAGGGGACGGGGAGGUGGAGGGGGAGGGGGAAGGCGAGGGGAAGGAGCAAGAGAAGCAGUCAGAGGAGCGACGGGGUGACUCUGGGGACCGGAGGGAACGAGGGGAGCGGGGCGAGCGGGGGGAGAGGGCGGGGAGGAGCUAUGGGCGCGCGGGGGAGGAGGGGGAGAGGCAAGGGCUGGUGCGGCGGGACUCAGAUGACCGUGACAGUGGUGGGCGGCGGGUGGGGGGGGGAGGGGCGCGGGGGAGGGCGGCGGAGGGGGAGGAGGCGGAGGGGGAGUACAGCCGGCAGUCAACACAGGAGAAGGGCGGCCCGGGGCGACCAGCCACGGAGGGUCAGAGGCGCCUUGCAAGGCCGGGGGCGACAUGGGCGAAGCUCAAGUGGCAAGAGAAGGACGGCGGCGCCGCAGACAGCAACGACACCAGCACCAGCAGCCGCUCCCCCGCCUCCUCCUCCUCCACCUCGCGCUACUCCUCCCACCACCACCACCAGAACGGGCGCGACGGUCGCGAGGGGGGGCGCGAGGGGGGGCGGGAAGGCCGCGACGGGCCGCGCAGCACCACGAGCACGAGCAGCAGCCUGAUGGCGCAGCGAGAGGAGCUUCGUGCAGAGCUCUUCCAGAAGUCUCUUUCUGGGAACCGUGCGCCUCUCCCCACGCUUGUGCGCCGCGCCAGCUUGGAAUCUGCUGAGCCAGGUGGGUCCCGGGGCCCGAGGAUCCGCGGGCGGCCGGGCGGGGCGCGCAUGCUGCACAGAACGCUCACGGAGGAGCAGCAGGAGGAGUCGCGCGGGUCGUACGAGGAGCGGAGCGCGGACGUGCGGGAUAGUGCUCUGUAUAGGACUCUAUCCGGGCAGAGUGGGCAGCCGGAGGUGCAUGGGAUGACGGGGUAUAGACGGGGGAUCGGCGGUGGGGGUCUGGGUGUGGGUCGCGAGGGGAGCAGAUGGGCGCCGGGAGGGGGAGGGGGAGGAGGGCUUGGGGGGACGCUUGGGCGGAGGGAGUCGGGGGAAUGGUCGGAUGAAGGGGGGCUGUCCGGUGGAGAGGGGUCGGGUCCGGUGCUGCAGCGCACCAACACGAAUGAUAGUCUCAAGUCGGCGGGGGUGCGGAGCGAGGCGGGGAUCAGCAUAGGGCGUGCUCCCGCUUAUAUGAUGAUGCGUGAUGGCGGGGGGUACAUGAGAGACUCAGGGCUUGUGAGGGAUAACAGCGGGGGAGGAGGAGGAGGUGGGGGGAACCGGCUGCUGCGCAAGCAUUUGAGCGGGCAGGGGAUGAAUGCGUUUCAUGGGGAGGAGGAGAUGGAGGAGGAGAGAGGAGGGUGGGGGGGCCGGGGCAGACGGUACGAGCAUGAGCGGGAGAAAGGCGGCGGGGAGGGUGGACAGGGGGAUAUUGGGCGGGACCGCAGGCUGAGUCCGGCUCGCAUGGGGGAGUAUGAUGGGAGGGGCGGGAGAGGUGGUGGCGGAGGGAGGCGCGCGAGAGGGGAGACGAGGGAGGGUGGGAUUAGUUCUGGGAGCAUAGGAGGAGGGGGAGAGAGGGGAGGAGAGAGGGUAGGGAGGGCGGUGUCUCGCAGCCCGCGAGGGAAGAGAGGGGAGGAGGAUGGAGGGGGGUGGAAGGAGAGAAGGGAGGAGGAGGAGGAGGAUGAGGGGAGCCCGAAUUUCAGUCCAGUGAGGGGCAUGGGCAAGGCAGGGGUUGCUGCUGCUACCAGGAGGGAAAAAUGCCAGGACUGA